AUUAUUAGCCCCCAUUACAGGAAAGAACAAAUUCUUUUCGGCUUCCUACACAACACAGUAAUGUUUGCAAAAAUAAUUAUCAGUGUGAAAUUAUCAUGAAACACUAACCCGUUUAAUGCACACCUUUGGUGGGAUCCAUUAAAUCUUGUUGCAUAAGUAAAUAAUUAUUUUUGUGUAUUCAGUUUUUUAUUCAUACCCUUUUUAACUUUCUCUGUCCAUUGUGCGAAUUAUUCCACUUUUUAAAAGAAAAAAUGAACCGUGCUUUUCUUCUGCUUCUCUUUUUUUUCUUCUCUUUUGAGACCCUUUUCGCUCAAACUGGUGAGCAAAGUGCGAAGGGGCUGCACCCGAGGGACUGGACCUUUCCCCCGAAGGUUUUCGUAGCUGUUAACAAACCCCACACUGUAAAUGACGCUUCGCGCAGAGGGGAUGGUGCCGAUUUGGGGGGUGCAAAGCAGAGCGAGUACCACAAUGUUGUCGCCACCGCGGAGGAGCUACUGCGCAUUAUUGCUGAGAACAAACAUACGCUGCUAGGACAAGAAAACCCCAGCGAGCACGGAGUUAAAACCGAAUCAGAAAUUAUAAAUGCAAACGACGAAAAUGUUUUGAAUUUGCUUCUAAACAGCGAAGAGAAGGAAACGAAAAGAGAAAGGAAGUAUUCGCCACCAGUUAUACUAGUCCUUCCUCAGCCCCUAACCAGACAGGAAUUAUUUUACUACGAGAAAUAUAAGCAUUUGAAGGGGGACAUUAAACACACGAAGCCUUUACUAUUAAGAGUUUCCCAUUUUGCGAAAUUGGCAGAAAUUAGAAGCAAGAAUAAGGCAGAGGCCGUUAAAGAGCUAGUCAUCGCGGAAAAAAUGGUGGAAAAGAAUCAAAAAAUAAAAAAAUUGCGAUUAAUAAAUUAG